GUGUUUGAGGUUGUGUAUGCGGCGUUUGAGGACUUCUGGGCGCGCGAGGUGGGUGGACCUGGAAAGAAACGUGUCUUGAGCGGAGGGUGUUAUGGUGGUGGCGUGGCGGUAAUUGUUGCGGUGGUUGUGACAGCAGUGGGGUUAGGGUACUUGUUUUUGUCGUCUGUGUCGGGGCUGGUAAUGGGUUUUUUAAGGAGUGGUGGUGGUGGUGGUGGUGGUGGUGGUGGAGGAGGAGGAGGCGGAGGAGGGAAGACCAUUUUGGGCUGCUUGAAGGAGGAGACUUGCUGCUGCUGCUGGUGGGAGGCGACAGGCGGG